AUGGCAACAAAAUAUCAGUUGCCAUUCAAGGUAUGGGUUGAAUCAAAGAGUGCCCAGCGAUUUGAAGUUAUUGAUCCUGGAACUGAGAAACCAUGGGCUAGCUGCCCUGCUAGCACCGCUGAUGAUGUACCUUCGGCCGUGGAAGCAGCUCACAAUUCAUUCCAGCAGUUUCGUAAGGUGGUCCCGCGACAGCGGGCUGUGUGGCUACUCAAAUGGCACGACCUGAUAAAGCAAGCCCGCGAAGAUCUGGCCCAGAUAGUGACUCACGAGACUGGAAAGCCGUUGGUGGAAGCUUAUGGAGAAGUUGACUACUCACUUGGUUUCUUGUGGUGGUUCGCCGGAGAAGCAGAGCGCAUCAAUGGCACCGUGUCACAAGCUGCUGCACCUAAUCGUCGGAUUUUUACUAUCAAACAGCCGAUUGGUGUGGCAGCCGCGUUGGUGCCGUGGAACUUCCCUGUCGCGAUGGUCCUUCGAAAAGUCGGCGCCGCGAUCGCAGCUGGCUGCACGAUGGUAGUGAAGCCGAGUCCGGAGACGCCCGUUUCGGCGCUGGUCCUAGCUGAGCUUGCGCAGCGUGCGGGUAUUCCAGCGGGAGUCUUCAAUGUGCUGACUACUGACCUAGAAAAUACACCUUCUCUGAGUGAAGCGCUGUGCAAGCACCCGCUUGUGAAGAAAGUCACAUUCACAGGGUCUACCCGUGUUGGCAAGCUGGUUGCAACACAUUGUGCGCAAGGCCUGAAGAAGUUGACCCUCGAGCUGGGCGGUAACUGCCCGUUCCUUGUUUUUGACGAUGCUAAUCUGGACCAAGCAUUGGAUCAGCUUAUGGCUCUCAAGUGGCGUCAUGCCGGUCAAGCUUGUAUUACAGCCAACCGCAUCUAUGUCCAGGCUGGUGUCUAUGAUCGCUUUGCUGCUCUCCUAAAAGAACGAACAAGUGCCCUUGUUGUCGGUCAUGGAUCUGCCUCUGGCACCACAAUGGGUCCAUUGACCACGGCUCGCAGCGUUGAAAAGGCUAUUGCCCAUGUUGAGGAUGCUCGCAGUCGUGGUGCAGACAUACUGUUAGGAGGAAAGUCCCUUGACUCGCAAUCUGGAUUCUUCUUCGAGCCAACUAUUCUCUCGGGGAUGACAAAGGAUAUGCAGAUCUCAAAUGAAGAGUCCUUUGCGCCUAUUGCAGCGCUUUAUCGAUUUGACACAGAGGAGGAGGUGGUGGAUGUGGCCAAUGCGACUAGCAUGGGAUUAGCCAGUUAUGCGUUCACUAAGAAUGUCGAUCGAAUUUGGCGUUUAUUGGAAAAUCUAGAGGCUGGAAUGAUCGGGAUGAAUACAGGCAACCAAUCGGCUGCUGAAUCUCCUUUCGGGGGCAUCAAGGAGUCGGGGUAUGGCAAAGAAAGCGGCAAGGAUGUGGCUGUGAGCGAGUUUCUGGUGACCAAAACUGGAACUCUGACAAUCGAGGGGCAAUACUAA